AUGGAGCUCCUUGAUUCCUUUCCUUUCAGCAUCCUCCUGGUCCUGCACCUGCUGGUCUCAUACCCGUACAGCUGGCUGGCCCUGCACAGCUUGCCACUGGGUCCCUUCUUCACCACCAUCCUCCUCAUCCAGGCUGCCACCAGUCUGCUGGCAUUCAGCUUCUCCAGCCUGGAGUUCCUCCGGACAGUGGAGUGCCCCACUGCCAGCACCCCUCUGUCACAGCCCUUCUGCCAGCAUUGCCAGGCACCGAGGCAGAACAUCAGGUCCCAGCAUUGCCCACGGCAUCGUUCCACCAUCUCCUAUUACCGCUGCAUCCACCUCCUGUUGACGGUCGCUACAUCCCAAUCCGUGGCAGUGCAGCUGUCCUGCAUCCUCCUCCCGCUGCUCUGCCCCCUGCAGCCCAUCACCCUGCAGAAGAUCGACGUAAUCACGGUCACCCUCUUCACCAUCCUCUACCUGAACCCCAUCGUGCUCUGGGCCCUCUGGGGCACCCGAGUGCAGCGCACACCGAGGCAGCGGAUACGGCCACAGGGCACCAGAGCAGUGGAUGGCACCAUGACGCAUCGAUGCUCCACACAGCUCAAUCCCACUGUGCAGGCACUUGAGCGCAAGGAGGCUUACACCUGCCUAUGCUGUGCCCUAUGGAAGUCGAGUACUGAGACCAUCGCUACCAACUCCUCCGUGAGCUCACCACCAUCCAACAACGGCUCGGUGCUGGCAGUGUGGACAUCACCCCAUCAGGAUGCAGCAAUGUCUCAGGAACAGGAGAGCCAGCAGCCACUCCUGUCCUCACAGGCUGCUGCCUCAGGUAAAGGCAAGGAGGAUGAGCAGGAGCUGAAGGCAGAGCCCAGUGCCAUGCCACAUAACCAGGACACCAAGGAGUGACAACCAUCACCGACACCGAGGGCAGCUGGCACGCAUGGAA